AUGGUUAAACAAGCCACAAAAGGACAAAAAGUGAUCUAUGAGGAGAAUCAGCAGACGAUUUUCUAUUACUCGACGGCGGUUUUGAUUUCGAUUCUUAUUCGAGCCCUCGUUGAAUUCAUUUUCGGCUCGUUCGAAACGAGUUUUGUGAGCUUGUUCGCUGUCUCGAUUUUCAUUCAAAUUUUGUCGGUGGUAUUCAUGCGAAAGUUGGCAGCUGCUCGAUUUGACGAAAAAGGGCAUGUGACUGACGCUGGCGCUGAUUUGAAUGAUCCGGAAGCUUUUGGAGAGUAUUGCAAGGAUACUAUCAUUCUCACGGUUAUCACACAGCUUUUGACGACAUUCACAAAUUACGCAUUUCUCCUCCUGCUCGCGUUCCCUGCUUUUGCUGGAUAUAAACUGUUCUUUGGCAUCAUUCUACCAUGGCUGACGGCACCAUCCGAAGCACCGGAAAUCGACGACAAAAAGCAGCGAAAAUUGGACAGAAAACGGGAAAAGGUCGUUUAUCGACGAUAA